UGUCUUGGUAAAUCCUCUAGGAAUGCUCUCUGAAAAGCAGCUUAAUUCAUCAUGCAGUUGCCUUCAUCACCAUCACUUGUUGAAGUCUUUUUAGGAUGUAAAGCAGUUCUAAUUUGGAGAUCUAAAAUUACCUCUAAAAACUCACAAUUGACUAAACUUAGAGUCAUCCAUAAUUAGAUUUUUUUAAAAUAGGACUUCUUUCCAACUUUUUUUCAUUAUCCAGCUGUGUUUGAUCUCAGCCAGCUGUUGAUGGGACUGAGGUGGUUGCAAGAGUUGGGGAAAAGAAGAGGAAGCUCAUCUCUGCAGAGUGGGUGGGGGAAGCAACAAUUCUCAGUUUAAAACAGUGGUUCUCAAAGUGUGGUCUCCCAACCUGCAGCAUCAAAGUCUCGUGGGAACUUGUUAGAAAUAAUUUCUUGGACCCUACUUCAGACUCACUGAAUCAGGCUAUCAGGCGAAGUUCAAAGAACUUGGUUCAGAUGAAGUGUUCACUAAAUUAAAGACUGCAAUCAAGAUUUUAGGAACACAUGGUUGAAAAUAAUUGCUUUGACCGGCUCUAGUGACCCCCAGGAACAUAACACCACUUACAUGUAUGUUUUCUUCAUUCAUCAUUUAUGGGUAUAUUUGUAUUACUCCACAGGGCUGACGAUUUGGUAUUAGACUUGCUAAUGAGUAGCAGCCAUGUGCUCCUGCUGCCUGACAGUCAGUACUGUCACAAGCAUAUUGUACACAGCAGAGAAGAGCUUAACAGCCAGCCUCCUUCCACGUUCUGCUCUCAGGAAGUAAGCAAGGGGAGGAUCCAGUGGUGUCAUUUGACACUGACGACAGAGUACUUAUUUCCUAUGCAAAAGAGCCCAGGAAGCAAGACAAACCUAAAUAAGAAGCUAACUUCUGUAAGGAGAAACUGGAUGGAAAGGGUGAUGCUGGCUGCUGCCUUUGCAGACUCUAACUCCAGCAGCAUGAACACGUCCUUUGCUCACCUCCACUUUGCCGGAGGGUACCUGCCCUCUGAUUCCGAGGACUGGAGAACUAUCAUCCCAGCUGUCUUGGUGGCUGUCUGCCUGGUGGGCUUCGUGGGAAACCUGUGUGUGACUGGCAUCCUCCUUCACAAUGCUUGGAAGGGAAAGCCAUCCAUGAUCCACUCCUUGAUUCUGAAUCUCAGUCUGGCUGAUCUCUCCCUCCUGCUGUUUUCUGCACCUGUCCGAGCUACAGCAUACUCCAAAAGUGUUUGGGAUCUAGGCUGGUUUGUCUGCAAGUCCUCUGACUGGUUCAUCCACACAUGCAUGGCAGCCAAGAGCCUGACAAUCGUUGUGGUGGCCAAAGUAUGCUUCAUGUACGCAAGUGACCCAGCCAAGCAAGUGAGUAUUCACAACUGCACCAUCUGGUCAGUGCUGGUGGCCAUCUGGACUGUGGCUAGCCUGUUACCCCUGCCGGAAUUGUUCUUUAGCACCAUCAGGCAUCAUGCAGGUGUGGAGAUGUGCCUCGUGGAUGUACCAGCCGUGGCCAAAGAAUUUAUGUCGAUGUUUGGUAAGCUCUACCCACUCCUGGCAUUUGGCCUUCCAUUACUUUUUGCCAGCUUUUAUUUCUGGAGAGCUUAUGGCCAAUGUAAAAAACGAGGAACUAAGACUCAAAAUCUUAGAAACCAGAUACGCUCAAAGCAGGUCACAGUGAUGCUGCUGAGCAUUGCCAAUACGUCUGCUCUCCUGUGGCUCCCUGAGUGGGUAGCUUGGCUAUGGGUAUGGCAUCUGAAGGCUGCAGGUCCGGCCCCACCGCAAGGUUUCAUAGCCCUGUCUCAAGUCCUGAUGUUUUCCAUCUCAUCAGCAAAUCCUCUCAUUUUUCUUGUGAUGUCGGAGGAGUUCAGAGAAGGCUUGAAAGGCUUAUGGAAAUGGAUGAUAACCAAAAAACCUCCAACUGUCUCAGCGUCUCAGGAAACACCAGCUGGCAACUCAGAGGGCCUUCCUGACAAGGUUCCAUCUCCAGAGUCCCCAGCAUCCACACCAGAAAAAGAGAAACCCAGCUCUCCCUCCUCUGGCAAAGGGAAAGCUGAGAAGGCAGAGAUUCCCAUCCUUCCUGAUGUAGAGCAGUUUUGGCAUGAGAGAGACACAGUCCCUUCUGUACAGGACAAUGACCCUAUCCCCUGGGAACAUGAAGAUCAAGAGACAGGGGAAUGUGUUAAAUAGAUUUAAGUUUCAAAGCAAAACAAAUUGUGAUUAUUGUAUUUACUUGUACUGCUGCUUAUCAGUAUUGCUGCCUUUACAAACUGUGAUAAAAUUAUUACCAUUAGGAAUUACAAAAAUACUUCACAAUCUACACCUACCAAACAUGCAACGUGGUAAGUAGAGAACCAUGUUAGAAGUAAGAAUUGUUUCAGAGUUAGAACUCGGGUUCCCACAGUAUUUAAGUAGUACCGUGUAAAGAUGCUGCUGUCAAAGUGAUUAGACAGUGCAGCUAUUCUGUCACUUGUUCACAAUGAUUUUACUAGGUACCCCUUAGGACCAGCCCUGUAGUGGACUGGCUGGAGUCUCAAGUAGAGGUUCUCUCUGUCAAAGGCUGAGCCCCUUUACCUUCAGUUUCAUCUUGAACCUACUGGUCCUAAUUUCACCUGCCAAAUUGUGUUUCACAUAACCAAAGCUCAAAAUCUACUUUCACUUGAGAUUUUUAACACAUUAAUGAUAAAUUUUAAUGAGUCAUCUUCAUUUGUUUAAUAAAUGCUAAUUUACUUGAUGAAAGUCCAUAUCAUUAUGUUUGUGACGGGUCAAAGAAAACGAAACAGAACCUUAUUCCAAUUCUGGACUAAUUUCAAGCCAUGGCUGGUUUUGGCUAAGUUUAAAUAAAUUCAAACUUAUAUGAAAGUCUGCUUCAAUGAACUUUUUAAAGCUACCUGAAUGAGUCUUCAGUUUCAAAGUCUGAGAAUUUUAGCAGCUUUCCAAUGGCAUUCAAUAGUCUGACAUGGGAAAAAAAAAAAAAAAAAAAAAAAAAAAAA